UUAUUGGUUGAAAUUUCUCAGCCUUGUAGGCAAAACUGGCUAAUUUGGAUAGAACCUAGAAGCCAAUUUCUUAGUUCUGUGACAGACUGACAGUGCAUUGUUGUUUAUUUUGUUCAUUUCAUUUUCUACCUCAACACGUUCCAAUUCAUUAACCAUGGCACCAACAGUGUCAUCUGUUUUUGAGUCAGAGAGAGACCCUGUGAGAUAUGCACACACAGUUUCAGAGGCAGGCCGCAUUCUUCCUUCAGCUAGCCGCUGGAACUCCAUAGCCCUUGACUUUAAAUUCACGCCUAACUCUUCCACUGCCUAUGAAUCUAUCCCUUCCCAAUAUCCAAAAUCUGUUGACUACAAUCUUGUCAUCACUAACAGGAAGCACUUUCAUUGUUUUAUUAUUGUUCUUGUAACAAUAAUCUUUGCCAUCUUAGCAACUGUUUUGCUGGUGCACUUUUUACCUCAGAAGCACAAGCAUCAAGGGUCUUCAAUCAAUCUCAAAUUGGCAAUAAACCAGGCUCUAACAUUUUAUGAUGCUCAAAAAUCUGGGCACUAUCCAAGGAACAGUCCAGUGAAAUUUCGAGGAGACUCAGGAUUACAGGAUGGGAAUUCUGCUAAGGCUAAUCUUACCGGUGGAUUUUAUGAUUCUGGAAAUAACAUUAAGUUUACCUUCACCACAGCCUAUACUAUGACCUUGUUGAGUUGGACUGUUGUGGAAUAUCAAAGUAAAUAUGCUGAUAUUGGUGAACUUGAUCAUGUUAGGGACAUAAUUAGAUGGGGUAGUGACUACCUGCUCAAGGUGUUCAUUCCCCCAAAUUCAGAAGCUGGAGCAAACCUUGCAUUGUAUUCCCAGGUUGGAAGUACCAUUAGUAUUAACAAUGAACCUAAUGAUGUGAGUUGCUGGCAACGACCUGAAGAUAUGAAAUAUGAGAGACCAGUUUCAAUUUGUGAUGGCUCUGCUUCAGAUUUAGCUGGUGAAAUUGUGGCAGCAUUAUCUGCAGCAUCGAUGGUAUUCAAAGAAGACAAAGAUUACUCGAGGAGACUUGUCCAAUCAGCAGAAAGUCUCUAUGAGGCAAUCACAAAUGAAAAAUCUACAAAACAAGGGACCUACACCAUGGUUGAUGCCUGUGGGAAACAAUCAAGAAUGCUUUAUAACUCAACUAGCUACAAAGAUGAGUUGGCUUGGGGAGCAACAUGGUUAUUUCUUGCUACUGAAAACACUGAUUACCUUGCAAAUGCAACCGCAAUUUUUUCAUCAGCCAAGAGGGAUGAAUCAAGUGCUGACAAAGGUAUUGUUUCUUGGAAUAACAAGCUCAAUGCUGUCGAGGUUUUGCUUACCGGUAUUCGAUUCUUCCGUGAUCCUGGCUUCCCACAUGAGGAUGUUUUGAAACUCUCAUCUAACUCUACUGAUAUCCUCAUGUGUUAUUAUUUAUUCAAUAAAUACUAUAGCAGGACACCCGGUGGAUUGAUUAUCCUGAAACAAGAUAACGAGCCAUUACUCCAGUAUGCUGCUACAGCAUCUUUUCUCAGUAAAUUGUACAGUGAUUACCUUGAUCAUCUCAAAAUGUCUGGUGCAAGUUGCAAGACUGAUGAAUUCUCGGUUGAAAUGCUUCGUGAUUUUUCUACUUCUCAGGUUAACUACAUCUUAGGGCAAAACCCUAUGAAAAUGAGCUAUUUAGUGGGCUAUGGUGACAAGUUUCCUGUUCAGGUUCAUCACAGAAGUGCAUCAAUCCCUUGGAAUAAGCAAUACUCCAAUUGUGAAGAUGGUAAGAAAUGGCUAAACUCUAAAGAUCCAAAUCCACAGGUUCUUUUGGGGGCCAUGGUGGGAGGGCCAGACACUAAUGAUAAGUUCAUGGAUCAGAGGACCAACCAAAAGUUUACUGAGCCAAACAUAGCGAGCAAUGCUGGCUUAGUUGCAGCACUGAUUGCACUUCAAGAUCCUCCUAAUUCACGAGACAUCAAAAACUCACUGUGGGGAUGGACUUGAUCUAUAUUUGAACUGGUCCAUUGGAUUCCUUUACCACAUUGAAAGUAUUAUAUUCCAUUUAGAGGAACAUGAUUAUUAGGACAUAUAAACGAAAAGGAAGUCUAGAAUACUAUAUGCUGACCACUAUAAUUAAAGCAAAUGAGUUUUAUUUGAAAAUCAAUCAUUCGAUGAUGUAACUUUCAGGAUACUGUACAUGUCAUGUAAGGUAAAAUCCACGCUUCUACCAUGCAAUUUUGUUUGAGGACAGAGCCAGGAAUUGGUUAUUUUAGGAUCUUGACGCAAUGAAGGUAUG